AACCCACUUUAAAACGGUUAGUAUAAAAAGUUAGUCAUAUUUAUUUCUGUCUUAAAUCCACGGCCAUUUCAAUCAUUUAUGUAAAUGACACUCGCAAACUACAACGACCAGUAAAUUCACAUUUUGUACAUUAUUAUUAAGAUAAAAAUGGUCUUUUACAUUUUUCUAUUUUCAUAUGCCAUUGUUAAUGUUUUGGCAGAUAAUAUUGAUUUGAGUGAAUAUAUUACAGAGUACUAUAUUACAAAUGAACACAUGCAAAAUGCUUUUGACACAAUCGGUAAUCAUGGUAAUCUGAAUGGAUUGGCGUUUACAAUUAAAAGAAUUAUUCUUGCAGAUGAAUAUACAAUGGAGGAAUUGAAUUAUAUGUUUGUAAUACCGGAUCAAGCAGACAUUUUUGAACUCAAUAAAUACAUAGGAUAUCAGAGAAAAAUGCAAAACGAAAUAAUCAUGGCCUUACAUAUUGAUAGACCUUUCUACAACAGACUUGUCGAUUUGUCAGAACUUGGAGAUAAAAGAAGAGAAUUGACUAGAAAGGCUUUAUUACAACUGCUAUUCUUCGACUUGUAUCAUUUAAACGAUGAAAAUUAUACUUUUAAGCAGAAAUGUAUUUUAAUUGGAUUGGCACUGAGUACAAAAUAUCCAACACAUUAUACAAAAUCUGUUGAUGUGGAAAACGAUACAGUUUGUGUCAUAACGGAUAUAAAUGGCAUGACUUCUAAGUACAAAGAGAUAAAACGAGAAAACGAUUUUUAUCAAAUACAAAACAAGCGAGUUUAUGGAACGAAGCGAAGUCUUUUUGAACAGUUAGAUCUCGAAGCAUAAGAAUAAAAAAUUGCUUUAUAUUUAAGCUUUUAUUUUUAAAUAUUGUUUAAAAAUUAACUAAUAAAUUUCACAGUAUUUUAGCGAUUAUGUUAAAAUAAUUGUCUGCAUACCACCUUAUAUCCUUUUUGUGAAAUAAUCGAAAGUUUAAAUCAAUAAAACAUAUUUAAAUAAUCA